CUCAAACUGUCCCUCUUGCCUCCCCCCUCAAAAUAUAUGCUGAAGGACAUGAGGGUUUGUCUAUAGUCAAUGACAAAUACAUCUGGUGUAAGAAUUUGGAGAUCUACAGAAAACUGAACCUACACGCCAAACAUUUGGUCACUGUCAAGUGUAUUGUAAUUGAAUAGCUCAUUGUUAGCUAAAAUGAGUUUGCGAGGCAUUGGCUUUCUCCUCCAGUGUUACCUGGUGUUGGCAGCAGCCAUGUAUUUUGAUCUCGGAGAGCAGGAGCAGAAGUGCAUCAUUGAGGAGAUUCCUGAAGACAUGCUCGUCACCGGUUAUUUCUUGUUGGAGCCGUGGGAGAUGAAUGCGCUCUCCCACUCCCCUCACCUCGGUGUCACUGUGACAGUCAGAGACCCAAACCAUGAGGUUGUGAUGUCAAAACGCUAUGGUAAAUUUGCUAAAUUCACCUUCACAUCGCACGCCUCUGGUCAGCACUACCUUUGCUUCCAAACCAACUCCACAAGGUUUUCUGUAUUUGCUGGAGAGAGGCUGAAGCUACAUUUGGAUGUUCAGAUGGGAGAGCACUCCGUACACCCCGUCACUGACAAGACUAAAGACAACUUGGAGACUCUGGAGAACAGCCUCCGACACCUCAUAGAUCAGAUGAUAUUCAUCACCAGGCAGCAGGAGUACCAGAGGGAAAAAGAGGAGGUGUUUCGCCAGAUUGGUGAGAACACCAACAGCAAAGUGCUGUGGUGGGCCAUGGUGCAGACCUCUGUGCUGCUGACGGUUGGUUUCUGGCAGAUGAAACGACUCAAAGACUUCUUCAUCGCCAAGAAGCUUGUCUGACGAUGACCUCUGAUCUGUCAGCGCUUUACCUGAUGUCCUGCCCAUAACUUUUCAAGUGUUUAGGGUGCAUACUGGAUGACGAUGUACACUUUAUUUCAAUUGAAACAGCCAAUUGAUGACAUUUAGGAUUCAAAACUAUGUAUGGCUGAAUGAUUAAAGCAUAAGGAUGUUUUAUGGUUAAA